UAUGGGGAGAGGAUUCAGUGCUAACAGAACUCCGUUCCAAAAGACGAAAUGAAAAAAUAUUUGAAAAAAUUUCCAAGGCUAUGAUGGAAAAAGGCCACACCAGGGACUCGGUGCAGUGCAGAGUGAAAGUUAAGGAGCUCAGACAAGCCUACCAGAAAACCAAAGCAGCAAAUGGAAGGUCUGGGUCAGGGCCGAAAACAUGCUGCUUCUACGCUGAGCUGCAUGCAAUUUUAGGGGGCUGCGCCACCACUACCCCACCCCUGUCCGUGGAUUCCGAGGUGGGAGUGGUAAUCUCAGCCAUGGCUGAGGAUUCUGCAGAGGGGGAAGAUGAGGAAGAGGAGGAUGGCCUUGCAGUGAGCACACAGCACUCCGUUAGCCCCAACAGCCAGGAGCUUUUUCUGACCCAGACGGAAUUACCCUCCCAGCCCUCCCAAGGCACUAGCCCAGACAGUGAAGCCAUGGAAGCGACCUCUGCUGCACAUUAUUCAAGCCUCCCUACUCCAUCCCGAAGGCUCUCUCAGAUAAGGCGGAGGAAAAAGAAGAUGCAAGACGAAAUGUUCUCGGAAAUCAUGGAAGUAACCCGCAAUGAAAGAGCUCAUCUGAACGAGUGGAAGGUCGUGGUAGCAAAGUACAGGAAAGAUGCCAGUGAAUGUGAGGACAGGAGGGACCAACGUGAGGAUAGGAGGGACGAACAUGAAGAUAGGAGAGACGCUCGAGAUGAGAGGUGGUGGCAGGAAGAUCAGAGGUGUAGGCAGGAAGAUCAGCGGUGGCGGGAUGCAACGCUGGGGCUGCUGCGUAAUCAAACUGAUAUCCUCCGACGUCUGGUGGAUCUUCAGGAAGAGCAGCGGGGUCACAGAGUGCCGCUGCAGCCCCUGUGUAACCACCUUCACCACUCACCAUGUUCCAUAUUUUCCUCACCCAGACAUGUAAGAAUGCAUGGGGGAAGGCUUCAUGCACCCGCCCACUCCACCCCCGUGGACAGUCCAACCAAAAGGCUGUCAUUACAUUGAAAUGUGUUUAAUGGCCUUUUCCUUCCCUCCUAUCCUCCUCCCAAACCACACCCAGGAUACCUUGUCAGUUCUCUGCCUCUUUUUAUAAUUACUUUUUAAUAAUGAAUAUAUGAUUUUUAAACGAUAGAGACUUUA